GAGCAGCUUAGGAUGCAUUAUCGUCGCCGGGGUCACCAUCUCUGGAUUUUGAUGCCUCCAUCUUCAUCGCUAACUAAAUUUGGCCAUGGCCGCUCUUCGGCUCCAUUAGGUUCUCGCUUUGACGCACAGACCACACACGGCACUCCGUUUCUCGGCGCAGACCCUGGGAAGUCUGUGUUUUGUGUGUCUCGAGAAUUAACUUUACUCUUUCUUUCUAGGCAAAUUACGGCGACGAGUUUUGAUUCGGCUCCGGAAGCUGCUCACAGGUCGUGGGUGAUACGGAUCUGAUUGUGCCGACGGAAGCGACGAUUGGCUAAUCAGGAGCUGCUUACUUAAACAACCGGGUUUCGGGGUGUAGUUGUGAGUAGACUUGGCAAGUUGGGAGGGGGAGGACAAGAGUUCGAGGUGAUACGAUCUUUGCAGCGAUGGCGGAAUGGCAGGAGAAAGUGCAGUCUAUGAUCUUAGGUUUUGUAUUUGCAUUCAUGGUGAUGAAGCUUAUCUCGGUUAUAUCUUCAUUCCGAAGUGCAAAUUUGCGAGUGACACGUGCGGCGGACGAGGAGGGUCUGGUUGCAGGACUCGGUUCGGUCGAUGAGCAAAACGCUCCUCUUGUUGGGACCGAUGAGGAGGUUGAAGCCGACGGUGGUGAUGAAAAGGAGGAUCAUGUUGAUGAUUCAUCUUCUUCUGAAUCCGGAACUGAGGACGAUGCUGCUCCAACCUCUCGGCCUCGCGAGGUUUGCACUACUGACACGGCGGCUGUUUCUGAAGCUGAAUCUAAGGACGAGGAAGUAAAACCUAAGGACGAUGAGGAAGUUGAAGAGAUCAUUACACCCGGUGCUCAAUCCUUGAAAGCCUUGAGUGAACAGGUUGCUGAUGAUGUUGGGGCAGAGCUGGAGGAGGAGAACGAAACGGAUGACUGGGAAGGUGUAGAAAGCACCGAUUUAGAGAGACUCUUCGGGGCUGCUUCUACCUAUGCGGAUAACAUGGUUGCUAUGUUUGGUGUGAAGCCUUCAACGGAUGCCAUGCUGCAGCUACAGGCUUUGUACAAGAUAGCCACUGAAGGCCCUUGCUCUACUUCUCAGCCAUCAGCUUUUCAGCCGUCUGCUCGUGCCAAAUGGAAUGCGUGGCAGCAGCUUGGAAGUAUGUCUCAAGAAGAGGCUAUGGAAAAGUACAUCUCUGUUCUGACAGAGAUUAAUCCUGCUUGGUAUGAGAGUUAUCAGAAGACAAGAGAAACAGUGAAGGGAUCUGGCGAACAGACGACGACGACUCCGAAAGGGGAACACGCAGAUUAAGCAGAACCAUUCCACGCAUCCAAUUAGUGAGCAAGAGGCGGCUGUCGAACAUCUCGUUGAGCAUGGAGCUGCUGUAAAUGCUACUGACAGUAAUAGAAUUUAUGUCCUGAUACAAAUUCUACGACACGCGUUAUGGUUUCAAGGCUCUUCGACUUGACAUGGCAGUCUCCAUUCCAUAUUCAAGACAUGCAAUUAACGACUCCUUAAAAAGUGGCAUCAGAUCUAGCAGAUGUCAAGGAGCCCUUCUGCACGAACUGCAAUCUGUAUUGCUAUGUACCUUCGUAUUUGUGAAUUUUCCUAGAUGUUGUAAAUGUUUGUCUAGUUAUCUCUAUUAGUUCCAGAACUGUCUAAAAUAGAACUUGAUGUAUAGGUUGUAGUAUUUUGUCUAUAUGCGAAUUAUGUCCAUUGUGAAAAUGCAAAGAAUUGACAUUGAUGUUCAAAAUUUGUUAUGAAAUGUUUCUCUUUAUCAUGAAAUAAAGAAAUAACACAAUAAAAAU